CCCACCCGCUUAAUCUCUCUCUCUCAUCUGAAAGAAGACGAGGAGAGGAAGCGGAUCGGGCGGAGUGUUGCGAGAAGAACCCUAAUCUUCGUUUUGGAGUUCGGGAUUUUCGAUCAGCGUUGCUGGUAACUCGAUCCGGGUGUCCGCGAGGCCGAUUGAACGGCUGCGAGAGGGCGGAGGGUUGCGCGGAAUUGAUCGGACACCCACCAGGCCAACUUGGCUGAUCGAGCUCGUACCGGCGGUCUUCUCCGCGGAAGGCUCACCUGGAUCCCAUCGGCUUCCUGAUCUGUUGGCGCUUUCUUUCACUUUACCAAACGGGGUUUCUUCAGCUUGUGAGGCGAAGCUGUGGACUCAAGAUUUCUAUAAACUUUAGUAACAAAAAGCAAUAUGGGGGCCAAUUGUUGUGUGGCGGUGAAGGAUAAACACUCGCCAAACCUAGCUCAGCUUGAUGUUUCACUUUCAACAUACAGAAAUAUAAGGCACUCUCCUACUUGGAGCUUUCGGUGGGACAACCGAACACACAUAGAGGUUGUCAUGGAUAACACUCCUCAAAUCUCUCAUCAUCUGGAUGCUGGAAAUGAAGUUAAAAAUGAGUUACUUACUGAAGCAGAAAGAUUGUCUGACAAGGCUGGUCCAUCAACUGCUUUCCAAUCACAGAAAAGUGAAAAAUCUAUUAGGAAUGGAAGUGCUGGGAUGGCAACCAAUGAUACCUCAGAUGAUCAAUCCAAUGGAAGCACAUCAUCCCCUAAGAGAAAGAGCUCUCCUAUGCCUUCAUUCUUGGCACCAAGCACUUCCGAUAUGAAGUCAACAUUCUCAGUGCCUUCAACUCCUUCCCCUUCAUACACAGCAGAUCCAUCAUCUUCAAGGUGUCGUCGGCUUCCAUUCGAUCCAACUUCUUCAAGAAAGGCUCGCCGGUCGCCGGGCUAUCAACUGUCUCGGCAGAUCUCUGACAGCAGAAUCCCUUCUCUACAGUCUCUUAACAAAAACAGCUCUCCUGAGGGGAGGCAGUCAUUUGUUCUCUCUUUCUGCAGCAAUGACUUUUCCACUGGAGGUUCUCAUGGCGGAUCUUCAGAUGGUUGGUCCAUGCGAACAUUUUCUGAGCUGGUGGCUUCUUCAAAUAGGGAGAGAUGGUCAUUCGAUAGUGAUAACCUCACUCCCACUAGCACUAAGAUUUCCAGCUCAUAUUCUCAUCAAAGAACACAUAGCAGUUCUGAUCAACAGACUUGCAGAAUAUGCUCGACUCUAUUAACAGACCAUUGUGUGGUUGCCAUUUUGGUUUGUGGGCACCUCUAUCACACUGGGUGUUUGGAGAAAAUGACGACUGAAAUCGACCAAUAUGACCCACCGUGCCCUCUCUGUGCACAUGGAGAAAAAUCUGUGGCCAAACUGUUUAAGAAAGCUGAAGCCAAGGCUAAGAACAGACUCUCAAGGAUUGGAGCAGCUGACAAUGACACCCAGGGAAAAGCACUACUUUAUGAAAGCCAACCGACCACUGGAGUUGGACUCAAUGAUGGAGCUAGUUCUAGCACUAAGUCCUCAUUUGGCUUGAGGCGACAUUUCUCUCUUGGCAGACCAUCAAGGUCAAAAUCUGAAAGCGAAUCCAAGAGAAAGAAAGGCUUCUGGGGAAGAUACCGCAUAUGAUGGUGAUUUUCGUAAACCGAUACAUGCAUCCCAUUCUCCGUUCCUCACACUAGCAGGGAGAACAAUGUUGAGCCAUGAUAUAUUUCUAACUAGACCGGGGGAAGCUCUUACCUUUGGUGGCAGGCAUGUAUAUCUUGCUUGCUGGAUUCAGUAUGGUUUCGGACUACCAUAUCUUGUAAAGUUCCUUGCCACAGGAAAGCCAAAGCAAGGGCAAGUUUACAGUUUAGAUCAACAGCCGUGAAGAGUAAUCACAAUUCCAGUUACACUCCCAGGAUCGUCUCGAUUGAUGCUUUUGCAGUCUCGUCCAAUAUGCCUGAAUCUAUCGAAUGUCUUUACUAUGAAUUUUCUUGUUGGCGAGGGAGGUAGUAUUGCUUGGAUAAUAACUGAUGCAAAACAAUGCUCGAAGUAUUGAUAUGAUAAGUGCCUAUAUUUUCAUGUCCCUUUAAGUU